AUGGGCUUGCCUCAAGUGUCUUCUAGCAGUAUUGCUGAGGAAAUGGCCGCAUCACUGUGCACAUUUAUGCAACCUCCACCUAGACUUGCCGUCAUGAGCAGCUGUGAUUUAAGUGGGAUGCAUGGAGGAAACCUGGGAAAUCACAUGCAGGUGGAUUUCACAUGCUCUUCUUUUGGAGAGUCCCAAAGGAAAUCCAUCAUGGAGAUUCCAAAUAAACCAGAUUUUUCGAAUGCACGUAAAGAUGGUAGAUCAAACAUGCAUGCAUUGAAGAUUAACACUACGGUAGAAAACUACUGGUUAAAUCAGAAAUUUGGGCAGAAUAUGCAGACACCUGUUCCUAGGAUUGUUGGUUUCGAACCAAGACAAUUAGAUUCUUCUCUUAAUUUUUUUGAUGGAAACCAAUAUUCUUCAAGUGCGGUGACUGUCACAACAGGUAACACAACUGAGGCCACUGGGUCAGCACUCAGGAAGCGGUUAUUGUCUCCUUUGAAUGGAAUGCUUCUCCAGGAUCAUUUCAAUGGUGAUUCUCUAGACAUUGGGGAUGGGGUUCACAAGAGUGGCGCCUGGGGAUACAAUGAUAGUUCUAAUGUUCCCACAUUACAUGAGCAUAAGAAGGCUCAUAUUGGCAACUCCAGUUAUUUUAAUUCUACGAUCUGGUCUGCAUCUUGUUCCCCAGAGUGGAAGAGUUCACUGGAUCACAACUGCAAUGCAAACUCCUCUUCUGUAUUUGAUGGUCCUUUGCUUGAAAACAGGGAACCACAAUCUCAAAAUCAGUUCUUAUCAUCAUCUGGACUUGAUUACUCUAGAGAAACAAUUAAGGUAAGGUCAGAAUUUGGGGCUAUAGACAUAUCAUCAAGAAAAGUGGCUUUGCCUACACUUUCUUUAUCUCCUCUUGGUCCAAAGUUUCCUGAAAGAGUGAAAUGUGGAGAAUUAUGCAGGGAUCAUAAGCCAAAGUUAGAUGAUAACAAUAUAACGCUUAAGGACAUAGAACAAUCACUUGAUGGAACUAUCUCAGCCAUUUCAUCAUCCUGGAAAGAGGAGGCUUUUAGGUUGCUAAGUAACUCAUCGCAAGAUGUUGAUAUGCUGCAGAAAAAGUUUGACCGUUUUGGGUCUGAGAGUACUACCACUGGGAUGGGGCAGCACUGGAGUCAGGAUUUGAAAUCUAAGCCUAAAGGUGUUAAAUUAGUACGAACCCCGACUGGACUGCCUGGUAGAAGGUCAUUGGUUGGAUCAUUUGAGGAAUCCCUGUUGUCUGGUCGAUUGGUAUCUGCAAAGGUUAAUCAGAGAAUUGAUGGUUUUCUUGCUGUUCUGAAUGUCACUGGAGGGAAUUUCUCGCCAAAAUCACAGAAACUUCCGUUUGCAGUGACCAGUGUAGAUGGAGAAAACUAUUUACUGUAUUAUUCAUCAAUAGAUCUUGCUAGGAAUAUGACUCCAAGCGAUUAUGGAAGUCUGAGGAUGAAGCGGAGCUUUAGCAUGGAUGAUUCACGAGCAGACAAGAGCCGUCUGAGAAUACCCAUGAAAGGCCGCAUACAACUGGUUCUCAGCAAUCCAGAAAAGACACCUAUUCACACCUUCUUCUGUAACUAUGAUUUGAGUGACAUGCCAGCGGGUACCAAGACAUUUUUGCGCCAAAAGAUCACUCUAGCCUCUUCUGAACCAACCUGUAAGGCUGGGAACGGAAAACAUACAGAUCCUGGUAAAGAAAAUGAUGCGAAGCCAUCUUCGAUCCUAGAUGCUGCUAAUUCUCUGCAGCUUAAUGCCAAUGAUGCAGAUUCAAAUGGGCUUAAUAAUGCCCAUACAAUUAGAUCUUCAAACCAGUGUAUAACAGUAUUGGGAACUGUAGGCUCUGCCUACACCAAUGAUGUACUCAAUCAAUACCAUAGAGAGGGAGAAUGCAUGACGGCCUGUUAUCCCAGUGAAUCCAAUGGUUGUGUAUGUGAAAAGAUCAGCGAGAAGGACAGCAUCACACUGAAUAGAUGCCAUAUUAGUGAAAGCAAGUCUCUGUGUAUCCCUUCAAAGGUUAGCAAGAACACUACUGGUGCUGGCGUUCUGCGUUAUGCUCUUCACCUUCGCUUCUUAUGCCUUUUUCCUAAGAAACGUUCAAGGUCUGUCCAGAGAUGCAAGUUAGAUCCCUUAUCUGGACAAGCGACAAACAGUUUCGACAUUGAAGGAGAGCGGCGCUUCUACUUAUAUAAUGAUUUGAGGGUUGUGUUCCCUCAACGGCAGACAGAUUCGGAUGAGGGAAAGUUACAUGUGGAAUAUCAUUUUCCUUCAGAUCCGAAAUACUUUGAUAUCAGCAACUAA